GCAAGAGUGCAGGGCUCGCCAAUUGAGAGGCAGAGGCAGCACUAGUCGGGCUUAGGUAUUCUAGGCUCUCUGAAUGUAAUUUCGGAUUUAGAUGCAGCUUAAAUCCAAAGGGAAAACACUUUAUAAGGCUGAAAGCUGUGUAGUUGCAACAGCCGGGGUUAUGAGCUAUCAAAAGCAAUUACAUUAGAAUAGAUUAUACUGUGUAAAUUGAGCCAUUUAGAAGGUGAGAACCAAAGAAACAGCUCUGAUCCCCCUUCUUUCUAAAUUGCAGUUUUAGCUCCUUGCAAUUCUGAGGCACCAAAGUAGGUGAGACUGCUUUUGUAUCUGCAAAGUGCUUUAUUUCUGAGUGUAAUUCUAACUGAGUGCAAUCUAGGUUAAAAGCUGGACAACUGGGUAAUUAGAGCUCACUUGCUGCUAAAGGACGAUCAGCUGUACCGUAGCUCAUUUGUGUUCCCAGAGACUUGCUCUCCUCUCCCCUGAGCGGAGGCUGCUGGAGAAGAAACAUCUGUGCCCGGACUUUUCUUGAUUGCGGAGAUGAUGGUGCUGGACAAGGAGGACGGUGUGCCCAUGCUGUCCGUACAACCCAAAGGGAAGCAGAAGGGCUGCGCCGGCUGCAACCGCAAGAUCAAGGACCGCUACCUGCUGAAGGCUCUGGAUAAGUAUUGGCAUGAAGACUGUCUAAAGUGUGCCUGCUGUGACUGUCGUCUUGGAGAGGUUGGAUCAACUCUUUACACAAAAGCAAAUCUCAUUCUCUGCCGCAGAGAUUACCUGAGGCUCUUUGGUACCACCGGGAAUUGUGCUGCCUGCAGUAAACUGAUCCCUGCCUUUGAGAUGGUGAUGAGGGCCAGAGAUAAUGUUUACCAUUUGGACUGCUUUGCCUGUCAGCUCUGCAACCAGCGAUUCUGCGUGGGAGACAAAUUUUUCCUGAAGAACAACAUGAUCUUGUGUCAGAUGGACUAUGAGGAAGGGCAGCUGAACGGGAGCUUCGAGUCUCAGGUUCAAUAGCAGCCCCUGCUUCGCUGCAGCACUGUGGGAUGGGCGCUUGGCCGCACGAGCAGCGAGGGCGUCUGUCAGCUUGCCUGCAAUAUUUUUUUAAUUCUUGGUCCAGAGAGGACUAUAUACAUUGUAGUACUUUUUUCCCCCCCACCCAACACAAAGCAGUUACAAUUUUAGAUGUACAGUUGUGCCUGCUUAGCUGAGCACUGCAUUGCCUGUAUGUUUGUGAGUUUUUGGGGUCUGGGGGAGGGCUCUGUACAGUCUGUUUUCUGUAUAUAAACUGGAACAUUUAUUUUAUGAAAAAUGUAAUGCAAUUUUAUUACUGGUGUGAAUUAAAAAUUAUGAAUGUUUCCUGG